AUGGCUAAAGAAACGAAAGAUCUGGAGGCCGCGAUCCAUGAUCAGACUAAUCUGGUACCUUUCAAAGAGCGAAUGGUCAUCUUCUUCACACUGGCAUUUUGUAUGUUCCUAUGCUACGUUGACCAGAACGGCAUCACCGUCCUUCUACCCAGUAUCGCAAGAGACUUGAACGCCGCAGAUACUAUCGCCUGGGCUGGUACAUCGGCUCUCAUCGCAAACACUGUAUUCCAGGUUCUCUAUGGUCGCCUUUCUGAUCUGUUCGGACGCAAGAAGAUCUUCGUUGGAUGUUUGGUAUUGCUGGCUGUUUCGGACUUGGUUUGCGGACUCACUCCUACUAAAGAAGUACUUUACGUCUUUCGCGGUAUCUCUGGUGUCGCCAACGGAGGUAUCGUCGCUUUGGUCAAUAUGAUCAUGUCGGAUGUAGUGACUCUGCAACAAAGAGGUAAAUACCAGGGUAUCAUCGGAUCCUUUAUCGGGCUUGGAAAUGCUGCUGGUCCGCUGAUCGCUGCCGCCUUUACUCAACAUUCGACUUGGAGAGGUCUCUUCUAUCUCAAUGCACCUUUGUGUUGUAUAGCUGCGUGUUUGGCGGCAUGGACUUUGCCGCAAAGUAUGCCAAAGGUCAACUUCAGAGACACUAUUCGCAAGGUUGACUGGAUCGGUCUCUUCUUCAGCACUCUCGCAAUCAUCUUGGUUUUAAUCGCAAUUUCUGACGGCGGCCAUAGAACACCCUGGAACUCGGCCGAGACCAUCUCGAUGCUGGUGAUCGGUGGAUUGUGUGCGAUUGCCUUCAUCAUCGUCGAAUGGAAAUUCGCCAAACUGCCCAUGAUGCCUCUCGAAAUGUGGCAGAACAAGUCUGUCGCAAUCAUGCUGGUCCAAUCUUUCUUGCUCGGCAUGAAUUAUUACUCUCUGAUCUAUUACCUACCAUUGUACUACCAAAAUGUCGGGGGCUACGAUGUCAUGAGAUCGGCUGUUCUCAUUCUUCCCCUGGUGCUGGUACAGGCGACUUUCUCCGCACUCGGUGGACAAUACAUGUCCUUCAUCGGUCACUACUUCGAAGUCAUUUUUGUUGGCUUUGCUGUCUGGACUCUUGGUUCGGGUCUUCUUGUCUCCCUGGGAACUGAUUCUCCUGUUGGCCAUAUCUGCGGCUUCAUCAUCAUGGUUGGCUUUGGCUGCGGCUGCACUUUCCAAACAACAAACACUGCGAUGCAAGCCCAUUGCCCAAAAUCCCAGCGCGCCGUCGUUAUCUCGAACAGAAUGCUGCUGCGUCAACUUGGCGGCGCAGUAGGUUUAGCCAUCUGCUCAGCAAUCUCCGGCAACGUUCUGGGAUCCAGUCUUCCGCCGGACCUCCAAUAUAUCGCCGAUUCAACAUUUGCGGUACCUGACUUGAACACCGUCAGUGCCGCUGAUCGAAGAAGUAUCAAUACUGCAUAUGCAAAUGCCAGUCGCACCGUCUUCAUCUUCUGCGUCGCGACCAUCGGAGUAGCAUUUGCGCUUACUAUCUUCAUCAAGGAUAAAGGCUUGAAGAGGGAAGAAGACGUUGUUGAAGAAAAGGCCAGAGAAGCCGAGGAAGGCCAUGAUGUGCAGGAGGAAGCUAUGACUGAGAAGAAGCCGAACGUCAUCACACGCUUCAAGCAAUGGAGAGAUGGUUUGGUGAAGAGGGACGACGCGGCUGUUGAUGGUAGUGCAAGCCCGCCACUUCCACUUGAGGAUAUGAAUGCUAGAGAAGACACGACUUCUAAAAGUUCUGUAGAUUCGAAAUAG